UAAUUAACAUAUAAAAAACAUAAUAAAAAUUUGUGCCUAUCUGUACCACUAUGUCCAAUCUGUUACUAUACUACGUUGGGUCGAUAGCCAAUCACUGUUUCUAUAUUUUUCAUGUCUUAUUCUAUUUUUUUGGUCUCUAUCAUUAUUUUGUAUAACAAUUCUUAUAAAAACUAUAAACUAUUCGGAACUAUUACUAUAUAAAACUAUUUCUAUAAACAUAAAACUGCUACUAUUAAACAUUGUAAACUGUUACUGUUAAAAAUGUUAAAAAAAUAUUUGAAACUAUUUCUAUUAAGAUAUUAUAAAAAAUAUUAAAAUAUUACGAACUAUUUACAAUUUCUAUCGGUGGGAGCGGCGAUCCGGAACAAUAUUCUUUAUAGUUUAAAAUCGCCGAAAUUGUUUUUUAGGUCACUUGUCGCCAAUCGUAAUUUUCGGUCGCUUAAAUACGCUUCGAAGUAGCCUAAAAGGCACAAAAAUCACCUAAUCCGGCAUCACUAGUACUAUAGAAAAAUUCUUAGAUUUGAAUCGCUUAUACAUAAAGUAUUUCAUAAAGAUCUUUAUCGAUCCUGAACAAUUUUUACCUAAGGAUUUGACUAAAACACAGACAUAAUAAUAAAGAAGACACAGACAAUAAUAAUUAAUUUCUUAUUACAUAUCUGUGGACUAAAAUUGCCAUUAAUUAUCUUUAGUCACUCAUCAGCUGUCAUAUUAAUUGUCAUUAUAGAUUAUAUCUAUAUGUCUAUAUCACGUUAAUUUUUUAUUUGAAAUGAGAAAAUUGUUAUUUUCUGUACGUAAUGUAUAGAAUACGAAUUUUGUCUCGUGUCUUGUGGCAACAACGAAUUCAUAAAAAAAGCUUCCAAGUUCAACCUUGCAUUUACACCAUCAGGCAAAAUGAUUUUAUUAAUCGUAGAUUUCAAAGUACCGUUGCUGUUGAAGAUAGCUAUAUAAAGAAGUUUAUGAAAGCAGUUGGUUGGAUGGACCAAUCUAGAACACGUUUGAAACUCACAGGAUAUUUUCUCUAUGAGUGUGUACCUGAUAAAGUUGUAUAUAAUGAUUGGUUUGAAAAAUUAGAGCUUCCUGAUACAUUUGCAUCAUGGUUCGUAAUAACAGAACUGCAUGUUUGGAUUCUUAUGGUACGCUAUAUGGCGGAAGAUAUUACUACAUCAAAAGCAGAAAAACAGAAAUAUGUUAAGGGUGAUGGACAUUUUGUUAGAAACUGUAUAAUAGAAGCUUUAUGGGCUGAUGUCGGAAAUAAAAUUAAAUUGCUGGAGGGAGCAAAUCCAGCUAUAGCUAGAAAACAAGUGACAGAAUUAUCAGAACAAUUUCAAGCCGCACUUGUGGCCUAUGAUGAAGGCCUCAGUGAUGACAGAGUACUUGCAGCUGCAAUUUGGAGACGAUUCUAUUCACUAUCAGGAGAUGCUAAAGCAGAACAUGUUGAGAAAAUAGUUAAUUUUAUCAGACAUCAGAUAUCCCUUUUAGACAAAAUUCCGAGUCAAGAUUUGAAAUGGAAACCAGAAAUUACUUGACACAAGCUGUUCACGAUUGUCCUCCACGAUGGAACGAGGGACAUUGGUACGACCCGUAUAAUGGACAUUAUUCAUUAUUAU